AUGAGCUUAGCCCGUCUGACGCGUGAGCGCAAGCAGCUCCUCGAGGCGCAGCAGAGCGGCAAAACGGCGCCGUCCACAAGCGCCAACAGCACCGCCGCCUCCGUCAACUCCUUCAACGCCGCGCAGGGACGCAUUCGCGCAGACAUGCAGAAGCUGGAUGGAGUCAUGAGCGAAGUGAAAAUGGACUCGAUGGACUGGUACGUGGUGCACGUCUCCUACACGCCGGUGCGUGGCAUCUGGAAAGGUGGCACGUUUAACUUCCGCCUUGUUUUCUCCAACGACUUCCCCUACAGCGGCCCGAAGGUGCGAUACACCGGGCCGCGCCGCAUCUUCCACCCCAACAUCGAGGGCGACGACGGCAAGGAGGACUGGGGUGUGUGUCUCGGGAUGCAGACCGAGUGGCGGCCGACGUGCACCAUCAAGGACAUGGUGGUCGCGAUCGAGAUGCUGUUUGCGCUACCGAACUACGAUGACCCGCUCCCCGGCGUGGCGAAGACAGCGGCGCAAAUUCUGAAAGACGAGCCGAGUCGAUUUGAGCUGAUCGCGAAGCGGUGGAUGGGCGGCAACUACAUCAUCUAG